AUGGCGCAACCAAGCAAUUGGUAUGCAAUACCGGGAAUCGAGGUCCUUUGGUCGGACCUCGCAUUAUCCUUGGAUGACGAGGAUACGAUGGCUCCAACACCGCCAUCGAAACCGUCGGCCCUAAUUCCACCUCCGACACCGCCGGCUAUACCACCGCCGAUAGCAACAAGGAUGCUAAAUAGAAAAGUUCCGUCACAAGGAACCCGCAUCCAACGCUCCGACAUAGAGCAACGCCGUAAGGCAAUAAUGCUUACGGCUCCAUUGCCCCCACCAUCCGGGCGCCAAAGACGUGUCAGUGGCACAAUGAAGGCUGAUCAAAUGACACUAAGGAAUAGGCUGCCGACGACACCGCCUGCAGUAUCACCAGCAACACCAACAGCAAGCACAGCACCGAGCGAAAAACCAAAGGGGCACACCACACGACCGACCGACCGGGGGACAUCGACCGCACACCGACCGGAACCGCUUCGUGCGAUCGGCCCGUCUCUACCACCGCCAGUCAGAGUGGAGGUGCAACCGGGGAUAGUAGCCGAAAUUCCGCAUUUUGCCGUACAUGUAUCCAGGCGAUACAGAUUGAGGCUGCCGCAGGGACGUUGGAUGCUACGUUUUAAUAACGAAGGAUAG